UCUAGGUCAUCUCUCUCACAUACACACACACACACACACACACACACAUAUCCUCAUAAUGCAGUAACACUCACUUGGUUCCUAAUGGACAACUUUUCUGCCUUUUGGGUGUAAACGAAAAAGGAAGUGAUGAAAGUACCCGUCGCCGUGGCGUCAGAAGAUUCGCCUCGGAGAGAAGCAUGACCUGUCCGUCUCAUCAAUGCAUGGGAAGCAGCACCUUCAGACCGUCUUCCUCCUGGUUCUUGUGAGCUCUGGAGCUGUUAAGCCUUUAGAUGCAACCACAGCGACGUGCCUUCAUCAUCUCCUCACCUCCAACAUGGAAGCAGACACCAGACAAAACCUCUGACGUCACCCCUUCCUCCGUUCCUCCUCUUCGUCUUCACUUCUCUCCUGUCAACCACUUUGCUGCAUCCCAACUUUCUUCUGUUCCCUCUUCUUCCUUAACUUUAUCCCACCUUCCUCUGUCACGCAUGUAUCUCUCUCCUCCAUCCCUCCACGGCGUCCUGAGGCCCCUCCUGGUCCUCCUGGCCUCCCUGUGUUUACUGCCCUGCCCAGCAGAAGCAGCCUGGUUUCGGGUCGGGGUGUUGGGGCCGUGGGGGUGCGACCCUCUCUUUGCGAAAGCCCUCCCCAGUGUGGCGGCAAAGCUCGCCGUCAACCGCAUCAACAAGGACCCCUCGCUGUCCUACGCUGUGACGUUUGAGUAUAAUGUGCUGCAGGAGCCAUGUGAGACAUCGAGGGCGCUGGAGAAGUUCAUGGAUUUCCACACCAAGGCCUCCGGGUACAUUGGACCAGCCAACCCCGGCUACUGUGACUCAGCUUCAAUGCUGAGCAAAGGCUGGAACAAAGCGUUGUUUCCUUGGGGUUGUGUCGGCUAUGAGCUGGACGAUGUUCGGAGCCACCCAACCUUUGCCCGCUCCAUGCCGAGGCCCACCUGGGUGCUGCUCAGCGUCAUGAACUACUUCAGGUGGGCCCACGUCGCCAUCAUCUCGUCCUCAGAGGACAUCUGGGUGGAGACGGCCACCAAGGUAGCUGAUUCCUUGCGGAGCCACGGCCUGCCGGUCAGACUGGUCAGUUUUAUGGAGAACACACCUCACGGCAUCAGACGAACUCUGACCAAACUCCGCAAGAUGAGAGAAAUACGAGUUGUGAUCCUCUGCAUGCACUCUGCGCUGAUUGGCGGUGAACCCCAGAAGCUGCUCUUAGAGACGGCCUACGAUAUGAAACUGAUCGACGGCUCCCUGGUCUUUGUGCCCUACGACACCCUGCUCUACAGCCUGCCCUACCGCAACGUGACCUACCCAGCUCUGAAGAGGAACAGCAAACUGCUGCGGGCCUACGACGCCGUGUUAACCGUCACCAUCGACUCACCCCGGGUGUCCUUCUACGAGGCCUACAGGGAGGCCAUGGAGAGGGGGGAGGUGGCCAAGACGCUGAAGCCUCAGCAGGUGUCUCCACUCUUUGGCACCAUCUACAGCUCCGUCCUCUUCAUGGCUCACGCAGUGCAUCGGGUUCGGGAAAGCGGGGAGUGGAUGUCUGGGGGAAACCUGGCAAGACACACCCGCAACCUGGACUUCCAGGGCUUCAGUCACCCGAUCAAAACCAACGGUUCUGGAGCGGCUCUGCUGGACUACCUCAUACUGGACACAGAUGGACUCUCCUGGGAGCUGAAGCCAACAUACAGGAUCGACAUGGAGGCCGGUAUGGUGCAUUACAUGGGUCGAGACAUCCACUUCCCUCGCGGCUACGCACCCAGAAAGGACGCCCCCUGCUGGUUUACUCCUGGAGUCCUCUGCUCAGGGGGUGUGGAUCUGUUCUCGACCAUCGGCGCGUUCCUCGGAGCGAUAGCUGCCUCUAUUUUUGGAGUGGCAUUUAUUUACUGCAUCAGGCGACGCAUCACAAAGAUCCGACUGCUUAAGGGUCCAAACAGGAUCUUGCUGACUCUGGCUGAUGUCACAUUCAUCAACCCGUCGCUAAGCAACAAGAAGCUGAGUCUGGAUGACAGCAGGGCGAGUGGCGUGAGGAGCAUGUCAGACGUCACAUCACCCGUCUCCACCCAAUCUCCCGCCACCUACGAGAACUCCAACGUUGUCAUUUUCGAGGGUGACUGGGCGUGGCUGAAGAGACUUCCUGAUGGCUCAUUCAGCAGCAUCAACCCCAAAACCAGCGAUGUGUUUGAGCUGAUGAAGGACAUGCGUCAUGAGAAUGUCAACCCCUUCCUGGGCUUCUUUAAAGACUGUGGCGUGUUCGCCAUCGUGACCGAGUUCUGCUCCAGAGGAAGUUUGGAGGAUCUGCUGCUGAACGAAGACGUCAAACUGGACUGGAUGUUCAAGUCGUCGCUGCUACUGGAUUUAAUUAAGGGUAUGAAGUACCUCCACCACCGCGGAGUGUCCCACACUCGUCUCAAGUCCCGUAACUGCGUGGUGGACGGGCGUUUUGUCCUGAAGGUCACAGACUACGGCUACAACGAGGUUCUGGAGGCUCAGAGGUUCUCCUACGUGGAACCACUCGCAGACGAGCUUCUGUGGACGGCUCCGGAGAUCCUGAGGAGCAGGCAGCCGGAGCUUCACGGGACUCAUUUUGGAGACGUGUACAGCUUCGCCAUCAUCAUGCAGGAAGUGGUGGUCAGAGGGCCUCCUUUCUGCAUGAUGGACCUGUCUGCCGAAGAAAUAAUAGAGAAGCUGCGUAAGCCUCCUCCUCUGUUCCGCCCGGUGGUCAGUCCGGACUACGCUCCUUUAGAGUGCAUCCAGCUGAUGAAACAGUGCUGGAACGAACAGCCAGACAAGAGACUGUGCUUUGAGGAGAUCUUUGACCAGUUUAAGAACAUCAACAAGGGGAAGAAGACCAACAUCAUAGACUCCAUGCUGAGGAUGCUGGAGCAGUACUCGUCUAACCUGGAGGAGCUGAUCCGGGAGCGAACGGAGGAGCUGGAGAUCGAGAAACAGAAGACGGAGAAACUGCUGACACAGAUGCUUCCUCCGUCAGUGGCCGAGGCUUUGAAGGUGGGCGGUACAGUCGAACCGGAGCACUUUGACAACGUGACGCUUUACUUCAGCGACAUUGUCGGCUUCACCACCAUCUCAGCCAACAGCGAACCCAUCGAAGUGGUCGACCUGCUCAACGACCUCUACACGGUCUUUGACGCCAUCAUAGGAAACCAUGAUGUCUACAAGGUGGAGACUAUCGGUGAUGCUUACAUGGUGGCGUCAGGUCUUCCCGUCCCCAACGACAACCGCCAUGCGGCUGAGAUAGCCAACAUGGCGCUUGACAUCCUGAGCGCUGUGGGAACCUUCAAGAUGAGACACAUGCCCGACGUUCCUGUCAGGAUUCGUAUAGGACUGCACUCAGGUCCAUGUGUAGCAGGUGUGGUAGGUCUCACCAUGCCUCGCUACUGUCUGUUUGGAGACACAGUGACCACCGCCUCUCGUAUGGAGUCCAGCGGGUUGCCCUACAGGAUCCACGUUCACCAGAGUACAGUGCAGGUCCUGCGGGACUUAAAUCUCGGCUACAAGGUCGAGUUGAGGAGCAGGACAGAAGUCAAGGGGAAAGGAGUAGAGGAGACCUACUGGCUCGUAGGGAGAGAAGGAUUUAGCAAACCUCUUCCUGUUCCUCCAGAGGUCAAGACCGGGCAAAUGGCCCACGGGCUGCAGAUGGCCGAGAUAGCCCAGUACAAGAAACGGAAAGCUGAGAGGCAACAACAGGAACAGCUUGCAAAGAAGAAAAACUGAGUACUCGCAUCAGCAUCACGACGAACGAGUCAAGGGACCUGAAGCACAUGUUUCACAAGGCGGUGAAGAAGAUCUCUCACAUCCGCGUCGUGACUCAACUCUACACGCCCGACGAGGAGGACAACGCCAUGAUGUUGCACCACUGACCUGCCUGGACUUUACAACUUUGCCUGGACUGGAUUUUCACUGCUAGGGAGCGAGGGGGGUGGGAGAGUCUAGUGAAAUUCAGAUUAUCACCACGUGUGUCUGUGUGCAUUAACGGCUUGAGUCGAGGAGAUGAAGUCUUGCGUGGAACUAUGUAUAGAGACCGAGAUGUGGUGACUCAGCAAAGCGGGGAUCUGCAGAAACCGUCUGUCAGCAGCAGCUAAUCUCUCUCGUUCAUUUCCUCCUCCUUCGCUUCCCCGUUCCUCUCUUUGAAACGAGGAGAGGAAACUAAGAAGGGAAGGAGAGGAAAUAGAGAGGCGAGGAGUUUGUUUUACUCCCUCGUUUGUGGAGGAAUUUGGCAUCUUGGCUUUGUGGUGCCAAGUUGUCAGUAUUGGCAAAACACAAAUAUACUCUAAGAAAUAAUCACUGACGUUUAGGUUCUUAGGAUUGUUGGACAUUCUUGCCGGUAGAGAGGUGACAGGAAACGAGAGGAGGGAUGACAUGAAACAAAGGCCACAGACAGGAGCUGCAAAUAAUGAUUAUUUGAAUUAUCUGGCCAUUAUGUUCCUAAAUCUCCUAGGCAACCAUGACAGAAUCACAAACGGUUUUAUGGUGAUUUUUUCCCGUAAUAAAUCGAAGGUAAAGAUGAGAGGAGAGGAAACCAGAGAAAGGAGGAGAGGAGAUGAAACAAGAAAGGAGAGGAAAUAAGAGAGAGGCGAGGAGACAAGUGAGGAGAGGAGACAUGGGGAGAGGAACAAUAGAGGAGAAGAGGAGAUCAAACAAGAGAG